GGACAGAUCUUCACACCUUCGACUACCGCCAUAUUUUACAACUGGAAGCAGCUGCCCGUGCAGCGCAUGCUUGAUUUCGACUUCCUAUGCGGCCGCAAGACGCCCUCGGUGGCGGUGAUCGUGCAGCCGGGGGCCGCCGGCGGCUUCCAGAAGCUGUUUUUCGGCCAGGAGGAGAUUGCCAUUCCGAUGGUUGGCAGCAUCGCAGAGGCCGCGGAAGCCUUCCCCAAGGCAGAUGUCCUGGUCAACUUCAGCUCGUACCGCAGCGCCUUUGAGUCGUCCAUGGAGGCGCUGCGCCAGGCCACCAUCCGCGUGGUGGCCAUCAUCGCGGAGGGGGUGCCCGAGCGGGACGCCAAGGCCAUGAUCGCCUAUGCACGCGACAACAACAAGAUCAUCAUCGGCCCCGCCACAGUGGGCGGCGUGCAGGCCGGCGCCUUCAAGAUCGGCGACGCGGCGGGGACGCUCGACAACAUCCUGGCCUGCAAGCUGUACCGCCCCGGCUCCGUGGGCUUUGUGUCCAAGUCGGGGGGCAUGUCGAACGAGAUGUACAACGUUAUCGCCCGCGCAGCAGACGGCGUCUACGAGGGCAUCGCCAUCGGCGGCGACGCCUUCCCCGGCUCCACGCUGUCCGACCACUGCCUGCGCUACCAGAACAUCCCGCAAAUCAAGAUGAUUGUGGUGCUGGGGGAGAUUGGAGGCCAGGAUGAGUACAGUCUGGUGGAGGCGCUCAAGGCGGGACGCAUCACCAAGCCUGUGGUGGCCUGGGCCAGGCAAGCGGCAGUUGUCGGAACCUGCGCCAAGCUAUUCAAGAGCGAGGUGCAGUUUGGGCACGCGGGCGCAAAGAGCGGCGGCGAUGAAGAGCGGGCGUCGCCAGCCAAGAAUGCGGCGCUGUCGGCGGCGGGGGCCAUCGUCCCUGGCAGCUUUGAGGAGCUUGAGGGCACGAUCCGCAAGGUGUAUUUGGAACUGCGGGAGCAAGGCCUGAUACAGCCUGUGGCGGAGGUGGCGCCGCCCACCGUUCCCAUGGACCUCAGCCAGGCGAAGAAGGAGGGCAAGGUGCGCGCCCCCACCCAUAUCGUCUCCUCCAUCUGCGACGACCGAGGCGAGGAGCCGACGUAUGCGGGGGUGACCAUGAGCGAGCUGAUGGAAGCAGAUGCCAAUGUGGGGGACGCCAUCGGCCUGCUGUGGUUCAAGCGCCGCCUGCCGCGCUACGCCACCAAGUUUAUUGAGAUGUGUGUGGUGCUGUGCGCCGACCACGGCCCCUGCGUCAGCGGCGCGCACAACACGAUUGUGACGGCGCGGGCGGGCAAGGACCUCAUCUCCUGCUUGGUCAGCGGCCUGCUCACUAUUGGCCCUCGCUUUGGCGGCGCCAUCGACGACGCCGCGCGCUACUUCAAGCAGGCGUGCGACCAGGGCCAGGAAGCGGAUGAGUUUGUGGAGGGCAUGAAGCGCAGGGGCAUCCGCGUGCCCGGCAUCGGCCACCGCAUCAAGAGCAAGGACAACCGGGACAAGCGGGUGGAGCUGCUGCAGCGGUAUGCGCGCAAGCACUUCCCCUCCACCCGCUACCUCGACUACGCCAUCACUGUGGAGGAGUACACGCUGCAGAAGGCCGCCAACCUGGUGCUGAAUGUGGAUGGCUGCAUUGGGGCGCUGUUCCUGGACCUACUCAACUCGGUGGGCAUGUUCAGCCCGGCCGAGGUGCAGGAGGUGGUGGAUAUUGGGUACCUCAACGGGCUGUUUGUGCUGGCACGCAGCAUCGGCUUCAUCGGCCACGCCCUGGACCAGAAGCGCCUGCAGCAGCCGCUGUUCCGCUACCCCUGGGACGAGGUCCUGUACACCAAAUAAGCUGGCUGGUCUCCUUGAUGACGCCUGGCACAGAUACGCUCCCGGGCGUGUGCUGGUGCAGCAGCCGAUGCCCCCCAGCAUCCCAGCAACCUGGCAAGUCGUCCCACCACAUGCUUCCCAAUAACGAGAGACCCCCAAAUGAUCACGCUCCCAUUCAAGCUGGCCCCUGCCAUUUAGUUUCUUCCAACUCAUUCCCCUCCCUUUGAUCUAGUCCCCGACAGCAGCGCCCCGUCACGAGCCGCAUGAGCAGCCCCUAGGAAUGCCAGCAGGCACCUAUCUUUCGCUCCCCACUAUGUAUGUUAGAGCGUAGCGGCCCGCCGCCCCCGAUUUUGCCCCACUAGCGCCCCAGUUUUCAGCUGCCCUUGAGAGCCCGUACCUCGCCCUGUAACGU